CUGCUGGAGGCGGAGGCAGAGGCAGCAAGCCCCAUUAUAAAAAGCCAUUAUAAAAAGCGACAGAGCUCAGGCAGCGAGGGGACAGCACUUAGCUCAGACACCGGCCCCGGCCCUGCCUGGACCCCCGCGCGGACCUCCGCCCGCCCUGAACCAUGGCUCCUCCGCCCCUGUCGUGGCUACUCCGCCUGGCUGCCCUCUGCCAUCUGACCAUGCUGCUGGCCGGACAGCACCAUGGUGUGAAGAAAUGCAGCGUCACCUGCAACAAGAUGACCUCGGAGAUCCCCGUGGCCUUACUAGACCACUACCAGCGAAAUCAAGAAUCCUGCGGCAAGCCUGCCAUCAUCCUGAGGACGAAAAAGAACAGAAUCUUCUGUGCCGAUCCAGAGGCGGAAUGGGUUCGGAGGGCCAUAACACAUCUAGAUCGCCAGACUUCUGUUCCGACUCGAGAUGGCGGCAGGUUCGCGAUGCAGAUCGGUGGGGGUGAGACCAGGACCACCACGGCCACCGUGGGAAUGGACAGUCCUGCAGUCACAGAGCCCAAAGCCACCCAGGAAAACAGUGGCCAGGAGACACAGAGCGCCUCGGGGACUUCCCCAGAGCUGCCAGCGGGAGUGGCUGAUUCCUGGGGGACCAGGUUCCCCUCCACUCCCAAGGCUCCAGAUGGAGGAGCACCAGCUGGCUCCCAGAAAACUGAGUUUUUCAACGCUGCUGCCCUCACCCCCGCAACAUCCUGGCAGAGUUCUGCUGCCUACAAGCCCGGGUCAGGCCUCUGGACUGAGGGAAAGGCCUCUGAGGCCCUCCCCACCCAGACCUCCCCCACCCAGGCCUCCCCCACCCAGGCCCCCUCCACCCAGGCCCCCUCCACCCAGACCCCCUCCACCCAGGCCCCCCCCACCCAGGCCCCCUCCACCCAGACCCUCCUUACCCAGGCCCCCUCCACCCAGACCCUCCUUACCCAGGCUCCCCCUGCCCAUGUCCCCACCGUUUCACACAGAGCCUCAGAGGACAGUGUUGGCCCUGAAAGCCAACCUGUGUGGAUCACGGGAAACGAUCCCACGCCAGAGAACCCUCUAGAGCCUGAGGAGAUGGGUCCUAUUUCAGCUCACACGGAUGAUUUUGGGGGGCCUGAAGGCACUCCCCGUUUCUCCACAGUCCCCGUCUCCUCUCAAGGGGUUCCCAGCAGGGAGCCAGUAGCCUCCGGUAGCUGGACCCCCAAGGCAGAGGAGCCCAUCCAUGCCACCAUGGACCCCCAGAGGCUGGGUGUUCUCAUCACUCCUGUCCCCGACUCGCAGGCAGCUACCCGGAGGCAGGCGGUAGGGCUGCUGGCCUUCCUCGGCCUCCUCUUCUGCCUGGGGGUGGCCAUGUUUGCCUACCAGAGCCUCCAGGGCUGCCCCCGCAAGCUGGCAGGGGACAUGGUGGAGGGGCUUCGCUAUGUCCCCCGGAGCUGUGGCAGCAAUUCCUAUGUCCUGGUGCCGGUGUGAGCUGCUCACCUGCCUGCCUCCAGUUGUUCGACUCAGAUAGCUGCCUGGGGUCCCCCGUCCUCACACCCACUGGUCCCCAAGGGCCUGACCUGAGCUGGGAUGAUUGGAGCAAGGAGGCAGGAUCUUCCACACGCAAUGGCUCCCGGCUCCCGGGCAUAGCCCAGGAGGCCCCUCUUGACCACUGUUGACCCCCUGGGGACAGAAAUGGUGGCCUGUGCAACUCACCUUAAUGUCCCUAAGUCAGGAAACUUCUGCUGCUGGCUGGUGAGAGGUUCCCUUUGACACCGUCCCAGACCCGAUGAGCAAUUAUUUAUUGGAAAACACCCAGCCCCUCUGGUACGUCCCCAGGUGGCCCACGGUCACCCCAUCUCACAAAUGAGCCUCAGGCCAGGCCCCCUCUGCCCACUCCCUCAGACCUCCUCAUGUCUCUUGGUCCCGCUGCAGUCGCCAGUCACCCCGGCAACCUGCGGUGCUAUCUCCCCCCGUCCCCUGUACAGAGCCCACACCCAGCCGGGGACCUGUCUUUUCUUGCAUGAGCCUAGUGUGGUGUUCCCUCUGACGGCUCCUGGGAAGACUCUGCCCUCCGUUAGGCAUUGUGGGAAGGGGACAUGAAGUGACCUGGUGGCUUGGGUGGGUUUUCUUCUCCCCAGCCGGUGCCAUGUGUUGGCGGAACCUCGGCUGUGCGUCUGAAGGCUGGGGUUCUCGUGCCCGGUUUGCCACCAACCCAGCAAAGCAUUCGUACCUCUGCUUUCCCGUCUGCAGAAGGAAAGAGACUUGGCAAAUGUGUGACAGUAACCUGUACCCUGACGGUCCUCACUCACUGCUGCAGACCCGGUUUCCCACACCCGGGUUGUAGUCUCACAAAAGAACACCUUAGCCUGUCUUCACCCAUUGGGGAGCCUGGCACAUUGGUGGGCCCUGUGUCUUGCUGGGAUGGGGGGGCGGCGAGGGGUGUGCAUGGAAGGGAUCUGAAAGCGCAGGUCCUGCUCUGUGGGAGGGAGUCAGUUCCGUGGGCCCCCCUGAGUGGGGACUGGGGUGGGGGGUGCUUGAGGGGCAGGCCUGUGCCCAGCUUGGAGAGCAGCCCUCCCAGCAUCCACCAGGCUUGCAGGGACCUGAGGACAGCCCAAGUGACAUGGGACAGGCUGAGGAGGAGGGAGGACCCUCAAGGCUCCAGGAAGGCUGAGGUGCUCAAGGGGAAAGGCCCCCGGGGGGUGGGGAGGCAGCAGGAAGCAGCCCCAUGCCCAGGCCCCCUGUUUGCUGUUUCUUUCCUGUGACCUGGCUUCCCCUUCCCCGUCUCUUGCUCUCUGAAAACACUGCUGUCUCCAUUCCAGGAUCUUCCCUCACCUUCCUGCCCACCACAGGCAGGGCCAGGAAUUUCCAGGACAUUUUUCCACGAGAUCAGAAUGCACCACUGAAACCUGAGGUUUCAUGUUUACCUCUGAAAGACACGCCAUCCACGGGGGAGGGAAGUUGUGGGCACAGAGUCAGGGUUCCCUUUUUGGCUGCUGGCCUCACCCCUCAGGGUCCCUGGGGGCAGCACCCCACCUUCCUCCGUGGUCCCCGUGGGUGACCCUUGCCCUCCUCCACACAGGGAGCCUCCCACAGCCCAGGGUGGGUGACACUCCGCAGAGAGAUGCUUAGAGGAAGCAGACACAGCUCUGGUCCACAGAGGGGGGCAGCCACGUGGGUCCUCCCUGCCCUCCUGCACCCCCUACUGGGCAUGACCUGGGACAUCGGGGCCUGGCUUUAGUGGGGGGCACUUCCGACAGCUCAGAAGGCUGGCAGCAGGUCUGAAUGCACUUUUUUGGGCUCCUUGAGGUUGGUGGGAGAGCCUUCAAGGGGUGGGACCCCCAUGACGGGGUUCCCCUACUUUUUGUGAGAAAGUAGCUGGGAGCAGCUAGUCCCCCUCCCACGGAUUUGAUUAGUUCCCCCAAGCAGGACAUGGGCAUGGACAAUUUGGGGGGGAACUUCGGAAGGUGUUGGUUGAUCCUUUUGCUUUUCCAACCCUAUCACCAAUGUCUGUGCCAUUUUGUAUUUUACUAAUAAAAUGGAAAAGUCUUGUGAAUCAAA